AACUGUUACAGAAUUCUCAGAGAAGCUGAAACUCAUGAGCUAUACUGGUGCUUGAGCACGAAAUCUGCAGCAUACAGGGAGGAGAUAUCAACAAAUUGCUGUUUACUUUGGGGCAAUCUGAGUCCAGUUCUAAGGGGCCUGGCUGCUAAACAGAGAAAUUUCAAGUGUAAACAAUGGCAUCCAAAUCCUUGUUCUCAAUCAUUCCACGUGUAAAGCGAAAGGAGGAAAAAAAGAGAUCAUUCUUGAAGAAUGGAAGCAUCUUACUGAAGGAUCUAAUUGCUUCUUGUGAUGGAAAAUCUCAUCCUAUUCGUUGUUACUCUGCUGCUGAGAUCAUCAGAGCUACUAACAACUUUGAUCGUUCUUGCAUUAUAGAUGGAGUAUACUCCGGCAUGUUCAGGGGUAUUCUAGACGACCGUACAGUUAUCAUUAAGCAGCAUUAUAACGUCGACGGGGCUAUUCGUGAUAUUAUCAUAUCAAUGCAGAUGAGCACCCAUAAGAAUUCCUUGAAAUUAUUAGGCUGCUGCUUAGAGUUCGAUACACCAGCUUUGGUGUGUGAAAAUGCAGGAAAAGGAGGUCUCAAGUUUGAUGGGAGUUUAGUAGUGGAUAAUGAAUUAUUACCAUGGAAAACUAGACUGCGUAUUGCAAAGCAGCUUGCUAGUGCACUUACAUACCUACAUACUGCAUUUCCAAGGCCCAUCAUUCAUAGGAAUGUAAAAUCCACCUGCAUUUUAUUGGACGAUGACUAUGUUCCCAAACUCUUAGACUUUUCAAGCUCCAUAACCAUUCCUCCUAACCAAUUGUAUGUUGAAGAAACUUACGCAACAGGGCCAUUGGGGUACACGGACCCUAGUUAUGAAAUGCAUGGUAAAAGUUCAGUAAAAACUGAUGUUUAUAGCUUUGGUGUGCUUUUACUUGUAUUCUUAAUGCGACGAGGAGCUGCAUUUUGGACCGGGGCAGGAACUGGGAUUGAAUUCCUUACUGCAGAUCUGAAACUUAAUGUUUCUGAUGGACAGAUUCAAAUAGAGACAAUUGCGGACCCUAAAAUCCUUGAGGAAGUUGGGGGAGAUGAGCAAGCACAACAGCAACUGAAGGAUUUCCUAGCACUGGCAUUGUUGUGCAUCCAAGGCGAAAGUGAAGCAAGGCCAGAUAUGAUUGAUGUGGCCAAAGAACUUGUACGAAUUGACAAGUCUAUCAUGCCUUAGCUACUAGCUAGCUAGCUUAAUUAACUUAUGUACUACAUUUGUUAUGCUAAGUUCAGUCUUUCACCCAUUAAAAGGGUCGAUGCUAAGCUCUUUGUAUUAAAAGAAUAUCCAUAAUUUCCUUAUGUAAUCAAAUUAUCUGAUUAUAAAUACUCAAUUAUGUGCAUUUCAA